GUGGCCUGCGAACUGGUGCGACCCGAGUGCUUGCUCCUGCUGCUCGGGCACGGCGCGUCGCCCUGCUUGCAGGACAGCGCCGGGAAUACCCCCCUCGACACCUUGCUGCAGCAGAUUUCCCACACGCCGGCAGCUAACAUGCGUGCCAAGCUCCUCUGCCUCGACUGCCUCUUCUUCUUCGUGCCUCAGGACGUCCAGUUCGCGAUGAAACAGCAACUGUUGGACAACCGGCAGCGGUGGCAGGACCUCCUGGGGGAGAACAGGUUCCAGUGCCUGCUGGGCUUGGCACCCCCAUCGCUGUUUGUCGGAGCCAUGCGUGUCUUGAUCAGGACCAUUUCACCCGAGCAUUUCCCGGAGGCACUGGACAAUCUGCCUCUGCCUCAUUUUCUAAAGCCUUUGGACUUGAAACUGGAGAGCUAG